UUAGGUACCUUUAGAACCUAGACGAAGUCAAAAUAUCUGAUACAAUGUAUAGAUAUGUUAUGGAAUAUUUAUGACAUUAAAGUACCAUUAGGUAAAUUUCUUAUGAAGCAUUUCAACAACAUUCGUUCCAAACAUUAGGCAUUGUAAUUAUUUUAGACACUGCACUAAUGUAGCUAAUUCUGAUAUUGAUCUUUCCAUUGACGAUGGUGGAGAAAUCUCUCGACUAAUUUUCACACUGUUGCCUACGAUCCGAAAAGAAGUGUAGCAAUUCUAACCAAAAUGAUCAUAAAAUACACAUUGCUUCCAUUGAUUUUCUCAGCUUUAACACAUUUGCAAUUCCACUCGUGUGGUUUUGCGAAAAAAUAUAAACUAUCUGUGCAAAAUAUUGUCACAUGUCCGGAUAAUGAAGAAAUGGAAAGUCCAAUUAGGAAUUUGAAGUAUGUGAAAGUUAACGCAACCCAUGGACUUUUGAGUUAUGAAAUAUCGUUCAAAAGGCCUUUGGAUGAAAAUAUCUGGGUUCAUAUGAAAUUAGAAAAAUGGACCGAACAAGGAUGGGUGCAAUUGCCCCUUCUACCACCGCAAAAAGACGUUUGUCGUUCCUCUCUUAAUUCACCUAUGAUGCGUGAUAUGUGGAUUAAUUGGUCCAGAUUGACGAAUGUUGCAGAACCCGAAAAAUGUCCCAUACCUCCAGGAAAUUAUUCAAUGCAUGAAGGAUUGAUAGACAUGAGUUUGAUCCGCAAGGUACCAUUCUGGGCUGGAAAAUAUCGAGUGUUUAUUACAGAGUUUAUUGGACAAAGUAAAGAGAAGAUGUAUUGUUUGGAAAUGAAUUUCAACUCCGAAGAAGUUAUGUGAAUGGCAAAUCAAAAUUGUUUCUAAAUGUUGUAAACAAAAAAAUUCAUGUAUU